AUGUCAGCACACAGGAGAUUCCAGAGCGGCGGCGAUGAGGAGCUGGGCAAACGUGACGACGACUACUGGCGCCCUCGAUCAACCGCCGCCGCCUCCUCCCCCAACGUGCCUCACUCCUGGCGACGACGAAAACGAUGGCGACUUCCCCUCGCCCUCCUCGCCCUCGCUUGCCUCUACUACCUCGUCCGAACCCUCUCCGCCCCUACCUCCUUCGCACCAUUGAGCGCCGACGAUACCGAUGUUCAGCCAAGUGGUGUCCCCUACACCCAUGGCGAGAUCAAAGAGCCCACCAGCGCCCCGCCGAAACCUGGUCGCGACGCUGACACUACACCGAGCAUGCGCUACUUUGACGGCAAGAUUCGCUUCUACCGCCUCGCUUCCAGCUUACACGACAUCGCACGCACAAAGGGCAUGCUGUCGGUGAAUCGCAACGUCCUGUUCGCUGCAUCGUCGUUGAAGAGCGUGGCCAAUCUCAUGCCGCUGGCUUGCAAGAUGGGCAAGUGGAAGCGGAACUACGUGCACUUCGCCGUCAUGGGUCGGGAUACUUUGUCGAUGGAGCGCAUACUCGAUAUCAACGGUGCGGACGCGGCGGAGUGCAGGAUAGCCUUCCACGAUGCACGGAGCGAUUAUGCGCAAUUCAGUACCGAUCGACGAGCUGCAUUGUCGGUCAUGGGAGCCAUGAAGCACAUCAACGACUUCAUGCACCCGCAGGUCAUCAUUACCGACGAUGCCAGGUUGGAGAACGAUUUCUUCACCGAGGCGAUGCGCAUCAAGGCGGACGAGCUCGGGAAACCAAUGAUUGAGAUUCCCGCCGGCGCCUACGACGAUUUUGAGUGGAUGACGAAAUUGGACACGGGUAGCCUUGCGAAUUGGUACGAGCCGAACAUCGACAUCUUGAUCCACGCGCCUCCACACAGCUCGGGUGGUCUCAUACGGACGGUGAAGAGUCUCGUGGACGCCAGUUAUGCGGGCAUGAAGCGUCCAAAGCUGACCGUCGAGCUCCCUUCUGACGUUGAUUCAUGGGCGGAGCAGUAUUUGCAGUCGCUGGCUUGGCCUCCAGAUGAGCAGUACCGUUCAUUGAAAACCAACGGGCUCACGCUUCGCCGUCGCAUUCCAUCGUCACGAAUACGAGCAGAGGAAGCUUCGCUUCGCUUCCUGGAGUCCUUCUACCCCAGCAGCACGGAGAACAGCCAUGUGCUCUUGCUCUCCUCCCAAGCAGAGCUAUCUCCCACCUUCUUCCACUACCUCUACUACACCAUCUUAGAAUACCGCUAUUCCGCCUACGACUCUGCCGAAGUUCGAGACCUGCUGGGCGUGUCACUGGAUGUGCCUGAGUUCCUCACAGAUGGCAACGUCAAGCUUGACCGGCCCCAAGUCGAGCACAUGGCGUCCAAACGAUACACCGAGGAUGCCACGCUGGACAAAUCGGCGCUCGUUCCUUUCCUCUACGGCGCUCCCACCUCGACUGCGAGCUUGAUCUUCGGAGACAAGUGGACGGUAUUCCACGGCUUCUUGAAGCGGCGGCUCGCAGCCCACCACGCAGGCGUGGUGCAGAAAUCCGUCAAACUCGUCACGCAGGCCGAGCCGGCAUGGAUGGAGUAUCUGAUGGAACUGAUGCGAGCCAAAGGCUGGUACAUGCUGCAUCCCGCCUCACCCUUCGCGACGAUCCACAACGACCUGGCGCGCAUACCCGAGGAAUACAUGCGGCCACCAACCCCGCCGCCCACCCCCGACACCUCAUCACCCACCCCAUCCAAACAGGACGACGAAAACGAAGAAUCCUUCCUCACAGCACCCAACCUCCCCUCCAUCCCCCUCCGCACCGAAUCCCACAACUUCGCAACAAGCACCACCCCGCUGCACGCGCUCCUCCCCUUCGACGCCGACCUCCCCGAGCUCCAAUACCUCCCCUACAUCGACCACACAGGCGAGAAAGCCACAGUAUCUACGCCCAAGCUGACGCGCAUGGGCUACGCAUCGCACUUCCGCGCCAACGUCGGCGGCUGCAAAGCAGCGGAUGUGGAUCGGCCGCGCAUCGUGCCUUUCAUGACGGCUGAUGAGCUCUUUUGCUUGCCGGAGAUGGAGGUCGAGUUUGGUGAUGAUGAGGACGAGCCUGCUGGCGAGGCGGACACGAUGGAGAUGGUGGAUGCUAUUCUGGCUGAGGUUGGAGCUAGGGUUGACGGACGGGAGGAUGAUGCUGCGGCUGAGGCUGCAGAGGCGGAUGAUGAUGGUGCUAUGCCUGCUCCUGCUCCCGAGCCUGCAUCUGGCUGA